GCGGAAGUUGCAUAAAAUCCUGAAAUUUCACGUAUAGGGGAUCCAGAGAUAGAUUGGACAAUGUCAGCUUAUACCUGCAUUAGCUGCAGGGUGGCAUUUGCUGACCCUGAAGUGCAAAGGGCCCAUUAUAAAGCUGAUUGGCAUCGUUAUAACUUAAAGCGCAAAGUGGCAGAGCUGCCGCCUGUAACAGCCGAAGAGUUCCAGCAGAGGGUCCUUGCCCAGAGAGCUCAGGUUGCUGGUGAAAGUGAGGAUAAAUCCAAGCACUGUAAUAUAUGCAAUAAACACUUCAGUACAAGUAAUGCCUAUGUUAAUCACAUCAGCUCCAAGAAACAUAAGGAAAUGGAAGCAAGAGAAAAAGCAAAACUACAGAAACAAAUUGAGAAACAGAAAGAAAAGGGCCUUGUAGAGACUGAUGCAAUAGCUGAGAAGAAUGCUAUCAAUAUGGCCAUAAAAGACUCUCUUAGUGCAGCGCAAGGUCAGAGCUCAGGUCAGAGUUCAAGUGCUGGUCAAAGGUCAAGAACAGAUAAUGUUCGAGAAGAAAAAGACAUGGAUGUUGGAGGAUCGGAUGCAGAUUCAGAUGAAUGGGAGGAAGAAAUGCUGGGAUUGGAGGAAUGUUUAUUUUGUUCAUACGUCAGUGCUUCACUUGAGAAUAACAUCAAGCAUAUGACAGAGAGACACAGCUUUUUCAUCCCAGAUGCAGAGUACCUUACAGACCUUGAAGGGUUAAUUGUGUAUUUAGGUGAAAAGGUGGGUGUAGGAAAGGUGUGUUUGUGGUGUAAUGAGAAAGGAAAGAGUUUCUACACAACUAAGUCUGUGCAGAAACAUAUGCUAGAUAAGGGCCACUGUAAGAUACUUCAUGAAGGAGAUGCUGUUUAUGAAUACACAGAUUUCUAUGAUUAUAGUUCAAGUUACCCAGACCAAGUAGAGGGUGAAGAUGCUGAUAUGGAAGUAGAUGUCACCACCGAAGUCCAAGAUGAAGGCUUCAAGCUUGUUCUUCCAUCAGGUGCCUCAGUUGGGCACAGGUCAUUGAUGCGCUACUACAAGCAGAAUCUACCUCCUAGCAGAGCUGUCACUCCAGCAACAUCCAAGUUACUCCUGCAUUACAAAGCUCUGGGCUGGACAGGGGCUAAAGGAGCAGUAGCAGAGAGGCGGGCCAAGGACUUGGGAUACUUACAACGUUCUAAACAGAAACACUUCACACGACUUGGUAUACAGGGUAACAAGACAAUGCAGCACCACUACAGACCCCAAGUCAUAUUCUAGACUCACAUAUAUCACAUUACUAAUGACUAAAGGGAACUUCAUAAGGAAUAAGGAAUUAUUGGUCAAAAUUAAAACAGAGACUGGUGGGCUGGCAUUCAGCUGACGCGUACCCUGGGUGGUGGAUACCUGUGAUGGGAUACUUGGGUGACAUGAGGGGCCUUAAGUGUUCCAAUAUAACGGGGAUCUCCCUGUCAUCAUUUACAUUCAUAUCAAUCACUAUCACAAGAAUAUUAUUACAAGUAAUUGGACAGGUCAAUCAUCUGUAAACCAUGCGGACCAUCAUUUGUUUAGAAGGAAGAUUCUUUUCACAUUUCUGGUUGACAAUGACAAAUAAAAGGACUGUUUAUUUGCAUUUUAUUUUUGAAAACAAAAAUAUCUAUUAUGUAAAUAUCUAUAUAAAAUAUAUGAUAUUUAAAAAAGUAUGUUAUCAAUUAUAUGGUUAUAGUGUUUCCCUCUCCAGAUAACUGAUUGCUCCUAAUGUAGUAUCAGCCAUAGGAGGCGUGAAAUAUUUAAAAUAAAAUGAAUAUGUUGCCCCAACAAAAUUCAACGAUAUUAAAAUAUAUACAAAUUUA